AUGAAAAAAAGUGAUAAAAGAAGACAAUAUAAAUUGUCUAAUAACCAUUCAUGUUUGACUGCUACUUUACUUUCUUUGAUGUCUAAAUGCUUCAAAUUUACUAUUUCUUUUCCCAAUAAAAUACCAUCAAAAACUUUAUUAUUUCCUAAAGUGAAAAGAAUACAAACAAUAGAUGGUGAUAUUAUUGAUACGUAUUCAAUAAUUAAAAAAAGGAUUUUUCAACAACGAAGUAAAUCAUCUUCUAAUGAAAUUAAUCAAAAAAUUCCAAGACUAAAUUUUGAAAGAAGAUUUGAGCUAUUUCAUUUUCUUCAGGACCUUGCAGCAUUAAAUGAAUGCUGUUUUGUUCAUAAUUUUGUUGAAGAACAUGGUGGAAUAAGUGGAGAUUUUUAUAUUACUUAUAACAAGAAGAUACUCACUAAAAAUGAAAUUCUAACCCUUGGUUAUAAAACCUUACAACGAAUAUACCAAAAACCAGAAUUAUUUGAUAAGAAAAAACUAAGAGUGUUUGAUUUUAAUGAUUUGUCAGAAGAGUCAUUAUCAAAAUAA